AUGCCAACCAUCCCUCCUCUUACGAAGCGUGUAGCUACCGUUACUGCCGUUCUUUUGACUAUAUUUUAUAUUUUUUACUUCUUUUCUAAUCCACUUUCUCCUGACACAUUCGAAGACACGAACAAUGCGCUAAACAGCCAUAAACAACUAAGCGAUCAACCAAUAUAUACACGGCAUGAAGGCACUUGCUCAGCUAUUCUCUGUAAUCCUGUCAAUAAAUGCUCUACUUGGAAACCUAACAAAACUUACGACUGGUCUCAGUUAUCUAAAGCAGGUGUUUUUCGCGAUCUCGCCAAAAUACAGUUGAGCCCAGGUUGUGAGCUAAAGAUCAAAGUAGGUGGUGCACCACCUCCUGCUAAAAUGUCCACCAUCGUGGAUAAAGCGGAAGCACAAGACUGGGAUGAACAGCAGGUAAAUGUGAACAAGUUGGAUGUUACUAUGAUCAGUCAGUUCACAGUCAAUCGGUUGAAUACCUUUGCUAAAGCAAUCAAAAAUUGGCCGGGACCAAUAUCCAUUGCUAUUUAUCUUGCCGAUUCUACUGAUAUUGACGAUCUUCUAACGUACUUUGAAAAUGAAGAUAAUGUAAGAGCCUAUGCAGGAGCUACUAUUGCUUUAGUCAAACCUAAUUACCUUAACGCACAACAUCUUGCCUACCCAAUCAACCAUUUACGAAAUAUUGCGAUCGCUGAAUCAGAUACUGAUUACAUUUUUGUCGUGGAUGCUGAUUUUAUACCUUCUACCAGUCUCUAUCCUAUCGUGCGAUCGCGGCUUAUCCCCUUCAUCUUACAUCAAGGCGAUAAAAUGCCUCGUACAGCUUGGGUUGUUCCAUGUUUCGCCAUUUACGAGUCUUAUAGCGACUUGCCCCUUCCAGAGACUAUGGAAGAUCUACGCCAUUUGGUUCGAGAGAAUAUUGCAUACAUCACAGAUCCAGGAGCUGGUCACGGUCCUACAUUAGCUACAGAAGUGGCGCUUGUCCGACCUUUGGUUCACGGUAAUCCGUUGGCGUAUGAAGUCUGUUAUGAAUCACAAUGGGAGCCUUAUUACAUACUGCAUCGAUCUGCCCCACUGUAUGAUGUGCGAUUUAGAAAUCAAGGUGGCGAUAAACAGUCGCAUGCGUUACAACUGAAUGCGGAAAAAUACCGUUUUAUGGUGCUGAGAGAUACCUUUAUGAUUCACAGAGAUCAUCCAACCAUGGUUUGGCCAGGAGGUGGGUUUGAGAAAUCACAAAAGGAAGCUGCAAACAAAUGGAAUUAUUUCAAAGAGUAUAAGGAAGAGAUUGAGACUUUAUAUGGAGUGAAUGCUCGUUGGCCUAGAGGUUGCAGUGCAGCGGCGAUAGGUUGGCAAGAGCAAAGAAGAGAUUUACUUGGUAUAGCAGCUGGAGCAAUUUAA